GGCUGGAGGGAGGUGGAAGGGGAUGGAGGGGAGGCGGAGGGAACUGGCGAGGUGGGGGUAUGAUGCCUCCACCAGGUUCUCAGAGCUCACAAAACGACACUCUGAUGAGGGCUGGGUCAUCACAGCCACAGAUAACAACAAUGCUACCGGCUGUUCCAACGCCAUAUAAGGGUUGGCACCUCUACAUGAAUGAAGGCUAUAGUGAUGGUUCAGAGACAGUGAGAUUUGUUCAAGCUUUCGAGGAGUAUUUUUCAAGGCUACGACCAACGCUCCAGCGGUCAGAGAUCGAGGACCGACGGGCCUUCCAUGUUAAUUUGAAGGUCCUUUUGGAGGAUGAACCGGUAAAGGAAAAGAUCCAGGAACUCUCUGAUUUGGUGCUAAACAGUCCUCAGAGGAUCAUAUCUUGCCUAGGCCUGGCGUUACAUCAGCUCAUGACUAAAGAAGUAGAGGCAGAACUGCGAGAGGAAGCAGCAGAGGUGUUGGCUGGUGGAGGUGAGAGGGUCGACGAAGCUGCCCUGAAGGCGUUAGUCCCGGAAGCAGACUUGCCUCUCAUCCAUGCUAGGCUCGUUAACCAUUCCAAACUCACUCCGCUGAAAGUACUGAAAGCAAACUAUUAUGGUAAGCUCGUCAGCAUUAAAGGGACAGUGGUACGUGUUGGUAGUAUCAAACCCUUGUGUACCAGACUAGCUUUCACGUGCCUUGGAUGUGGCACAAUACAUGGAGUUACCCAGACUGAAGGACGCUAUACUGUACCGUCGCUGUGUCCUGUGCAGAACUGUAGGUCUCGAUCUUUUGUGCCAGACCGCUCGCACAAGUUGACACACACGGUUGAUUGGCAGAGUUUCAGGUUACAAGAGAUUAUCAGUGAUGAUCAGAGGGAAGGAGGACGUGUUCCACGGACUGUAGAAUGUGAAGUGAGAGAAGACCUGGUGGAUUCGUGCGUUCCUGGAGACAUGAUCAACAUAACAGGAAUUGUCAAGGUUAGCCAAAGUCAAGAAGGCAAGGGAAACAAAGGAGACAAAUGUAUGUUCACGUUAUACAUUGAUGCCUCGUCUGUGACAAACUGUAAGUCAGGGGAUGAUGCCGCAUCAGCGGUUGGGAUUGAGUUCAGCAUCAAGGACUAUUAUGCUAUACAGGAAAUUCAAGCAGAGCCUCAGCUUUUCAAAGUUCUAGUCGGAUCUCUAUGCCCGGCUAUAUACGGGCAUGAACUCGUCAAAGCUGGUCUCUUACUCUGCCUUUUCGGAGGAUGCUCCAAGACAGGGGGAGACCGUGUUCCAGUGAGAGGGGAUCCACAUAUUCUUGUGGUGGGAGAUCCUGGUCUCGGAAAGAGUCAGAUGUUGCAGGCCUGUUCAAAUGUGGCUCCAAGAGGUGUGUAUGUCUGUGGAAAUACCACCACAACAUCGGGUUUGACUGUAACCCUGAGUCGCGAAGGCGGGACAGGAGAUUAUGCACUAGAAGGUGGAGCUCUUGUAAUGGCUGACCAAGGAGUAUGCUGUAUUGAUGAAUUUGAUAAGAUGACGAACCAGCACCAGGCACUUUUAGAAGCGAUGGAGCAGCAGAGCAUAAGUAUUGCCAAGGCUGGUAUUGUGUGUUCCCUUCCGGCCAGGACAUCUAUCCUUGCUGCUGCCAACCCCAUUGGUGGCCAUUACAACAAGGCCAAGACGGUAUCAGAGAACCUCAAGAUGAACAGUGCUUUGCUCUCAAGGUUCGACUUGGUCUUCAUCCUGCUUGAUAAGCCUGAUGAGGAACUUGACUGCCUGUUAUCUGAGCAUGUGAUGGCCCUCCACAGUCGACUAGGCAAGCAGGCCAAUGUUUUCCUUGAGGGUGGUCGAGUGAGAAAGGAGGAUCUCUUAGAUUCUUCGAGUAUCAUUGACUCCGAGCAGCCUUUGAGUGAGAGACUCAAGCAUCGAAGCAAUGAACCAUUUGAACCUAUUCCCCACCACCUCCUUCGCAAGUACAUUUGUUAUGCAAGAAAGUAUGUCCAACCGAAAAUAACAAAAGGUGCGGCGAAAAUCAUCCAGCAGUUCUACCUGGACCUCCGGCAGCGACACCAGAAUGCCAACUCGACGCCCAUUACUACAAGGCAGCUUGAAUCAUUGAUAAGGCUGACGGAGGCAAGGGCUAGGUGUGAACUGCGGGAGGAGGCCAACGAGGACGAUGCCAGAGAUGUGGUUGAGGUGAUGCGUUUUUCCAUGAUGGACACGUUUAGUGAUGAGUUUGGUCUCCUGGACUUCAAGAGGUCGCAGCAUGGGUCAGGAUCAAGCAAUAGAUCACAGAUGAAGAAAUUUGUUGCAGUCCUACAACGCAUGGCUGAAAAAACCUACAAAUCCAUAUUUACUAUUGACGAGAUGAAACAACUCGUAAAGCAAGCCAACAUUAAAGUGAGGGAUAUAAAUGACCUUAUUGCGAGCCUGAAUCAUCAAGGAUACCUGUUAAAGAAAGGUAGCAGGGUAUAUCAGCUACUUACUGCAGACUGUUAGCAUUACUUUCAGAUACUUUUAGGUCUUUUUCUAUUGAAGUGUAUUCUUUGAGUGGUAAAUACUUUUUGUGAUCAGAUGUGGUUGUAGGUUAUGUUUACAAUGGAACCGAUAAUGAUGGCCAUUGUCGUAGCUCAGCAUAUUAUCAUUUAUCACUUGUAGAAAUUAUUUCAUUCACAAAAUCAUUGGUUACUAAUUGAUUUAUGCAUCAAUUUUGCUUAGCAGUAAUGUUGAUUUGGGGUCUUAUAACAACUUUCAGUUCCUCCUUUCUCUUAAAAUCAGUUUUUCUCUUUCAUAUCUCAAAAGGCUGUUCAUGUAUCAUUAACUUGGGUUCUCACUUUCUAUUCUGAAUUACUGUAAAUUGGUAUCAGAAUACUUAAGUUAAAUGAUGACACAGCAAAAUACAUUAUCUUGGGUAUAGUUUUCAGGUCAUUUACUACCUGCUGCUUUGCUCUAGGAAAACAUUUUGUAUAAAAUACAUAAACCUUUUUUUGUUAUAAGAUAUCUUUCCUCUAAAUGUAAAUAUUCAAAUGUUUGUUUUAAGACAAUCAUGUAAGGAAACGAACUUCACAAAGAAAAUAAAUAUUUGUCAUUUUA